AUGAGUCGUGCUGGCAGCCGUACCGGGGAUCGUCCGGUCUCAGCCGAAAUUUCUGGCAGCAUCUACUUGAUCACGUCCGAUGGCAAGACGCUCAAACUGCCCAUGCCAAGCAACUCCCCAUACGAUCCUUUGAAUUGGAGCUUGCCGAAGCGUCUUAUUGCCAUGGGUGUUCUCAUACUGUACUCGAUCGUUUCCAUGAUGGAGACCCAAGCCACCAGCCUCAUGUAUCGCUCUCUUUCCGCCGAAUUCAAUGGCAAGCAAACCGACAUGUUCCCACUGAACAUCCUCGUCUCGAUGCCGAGUACGCUAUCUCUCGGACUCGGGGCUUUCCUCUGGAUUCCCUUGUCGGUAGCCGUUGGAAGACGGCCGGUCUUCCUGCUUGCUUCGUGCUUCCUGACCCUCGCUACUGUUUUGGCGGCGAAUGCUUCGGGUUUCUACCAACUUCUAGCAGCUUUGAGCUUGCAAGGUUUCUCGGCAGGACUGAGCCUAAGUGCUUCGUUACUGAUUGUCAUCGAUCUUACGUUCAUUGAUGAGCGCCCCAACGCACUCGGAAUGUUCUGGAGUAUUGGAUGUGCUGGUGGCCUCUUGUCUUUGCCCAGUGUUACGGCUCUGGCCACCCCUGGAUGGAGAGGAUUCUACACUGCAUGGAUCGUCCCCUGCUUGGCAGUUUUCGUAUGCGCCUUUUUCUUCCUCCCCGAGACAUACUUCGUCAGACCGGCUGUUGCUUUCGACGGCCGCAUUCUCGUGCAAGGUGGAUCGGAGAAGAUCCAGAUGUACGACGACUGGGAACAGACGCCUGGUGGCAAGGCACCCGGUGCAGCGCAACCAGAACCUACCCCCGAGACACUCUGGCAAGGAAUGGUUCGACGAUGGGGGAUUCGAAAGCGCGGUGCAGGCUUUAAAGAGAUGUGGACCUGCUACGUCCAAACGAUGCUCUGCGCAUGCAAUCCUCUGGUCUUUUGGGUUGCGAUUCUCAAUGCCCUCAACUUUGGGACCAUGCUCUUCAUUGGCGAGACCUAUGCUGUUGUCAUGUCCCAGCCGCCAUACAACCUUCCCGAACGUGUCAUUUCCAUGGUCAACCCUGUCUCCGCUAUCGGCUCCCUGCUUGCCUGGCCUGUGUCGACCAUACUGAUAUCGCGAGUUGCUCGUCGUCUGACACUCCGCAACGGCGGCAUCCGGGACGCAGAACACUACCUUAUUGCCUUUCUUCCUGCCGUCCUCUCUGGUGUAGGAAGCGUCUUCUUGUACGGGUUGACCGUCCACUAUAAAUGGAGUUUCAUUUGGAUGUUCGUAUCGUAUCUCAUCAACGCCUUCAGUGCGGCAGCCUACGGCAUUGCCUCGACGCUCUGGGUCACUGAGGCGUUCCCCCGCUGGGCAGCACCCGCCAUGGUCAUUAUUGGAGGAGCAGGGUACAUGCUGAGCUUCGCGGCGAGCUAUGCCGUCACACCAUGGCUCAAGUCGCAGGGCUAUAUGGGCGCCAAUUUCGAGCUCGGCGCAAUUUUGCUGAUCGUGGGAGGCAUUGCUGUACCACUUGCGUUCUGGGGGAAGAGUUUGCGACAGUAUAUCGACGGCAGGUGGGGAUUAUCGGAAGCUGGAGCUUUGCGACCACAGUAG